AUGAGAUCAAGCUUAGUGAUUCUAGCACUUGCUGUUUCUGGGUUCAACAAGGAGAUGGACAUACGAAAGUGUGAGUUAUUCUACGAGCGCCUCCAAUGGAAGUUAAGCGAUCCGAGCGACUGGGAAUACUGUGCGGAACAGUGCACUACGCAAACAGAGAACUGUUCCUUUUACAAGCCAGCGAUCGACUGUGUCAAGAGCCUAGUAUUGGAGUGCAGGUUAGUCAACAAAGUGUAUAACAGGCCAGAUGAAGCAAGCAGCAGCGAGUUGGCGAGCGGCCGUAACCUGGGGAGCGGUAUUGGAAUGCUUAAUAGCCUUCUGGAUAUCUCUAAUGAAGGUGAACCUCUAGCUAGCGAGAUGAAAGAAACCGGAGAAGACCUUAUUGAUGCGUCGGUGAUUCCGAAGGAAGCAAGACACCAUCACCACCAUCAUGAUGACCAUCAUGAUGACCAUCAUGAUGACCAUCAUGAUGACCAUCAUGAUGACGACGAUGACGACGAUGACGACGAUGAUCGCAUGCAGCCAUGGAACCGCGCGAAGUGCGAAAUCUUUUUCAAGAUGAUUCAGUACAAACUUCCUGACCCCUCUCAGUGGGAGGCUUGCAAGCAGCAGUGUACCGACCUGGAAGGUACUUGCAUUGCUGGUAUACCUGCAAUCGAUUGCGUGAAGAAAACGAGUCCUAGCUGUCGCCCCCUGUAG